AUGGAUGUCAAAGACCGCAGACACCGUUCCUUGACACGAGGCAGGUGUGUGAAGGAGUGCCGGUACACAAGUUCCUCGCUAGACAGUGAAGAGUGCAGAGUACCUACACAGAAGUCCUAUAGCUCAACUGAAACUCUGAAAGCAUAUGAUCAUGAUGCCAGACUGCAUUAUGGGAGUCGUGUCACAGAGUUGGUUCACAGGGAAUCAGAUGAAUUCUCCAGACAAGGAGCCAAUUUCACACUGACAGAACUGGGAAUCUGUGAGCCCUCCCCUCACCGCAGCACUGCUUAUUGUCCAGACAUGGGGCUCCUCCAUCGUGGAUAUUCCCUCAGCGACGCUGACUCUGACACAGAAGGUGCCAUUUCUCCAGAGCAUGCUAUUAGGUUAUGGGGGAGGGGCAUCAAAUCCAGACGAAGCUCAGGGCUGUCCAGUCGAGAGAAUUCAGCCCUCACAUUGACUGAUUCAGAGAACGAAAAGGAUUCUGAUGAGGAAGCAGGUAAACCCUUUUGUCCUAUGACAUCAUCCAGCCAAUUACUGCCCCCUCAAGAGUCUCCUCCUCCCCUUCCAUUUCCACCUAACCCUCCCAUUGUGAAAGACUACCAAAUGCCAUUGCUUGACAGCAGCGUCUCUCAUCCAGCUCUCGAGUCCAACCCCAAUGAAGAGUUCGCCAUUAAUUCAUACCUAUUGCGAGCAGCUCCACCUUCCAGUCCUCCGAACCAUCACAGCCAGUCCACUCUACGGCCUCCUCUUCCACCACCCCACAACCAGACACUCUCGCACCACCACUCGUCGGCCAACUCCCUCAACAGAAACUCUUUGACAAACAGAAGGAACCAGAUUCAUGCCCCUUCAGCUGCACCCAAUGAACUGCCUACCACACCAGAGUCUGUUCAGCUGCAGGACAGCUGGGUUCUGAAUAGCAAUGUGCCACUGGAGACAAGGCACUUUCUUUUUAAGACUUCGUCUGGGACAACACCUUUGUUCAGUACGUCCACGCCUGGCUAUCCUUUAACCUCUGGUACUGUCUACUCUCCACCUCCACGCCUUUUGCCGCGAAGCACCUUCUCCCGAAAUGCUUUUAAACUUAAGAAGCCAUCGAAGUACUGUAGCUGGAAAUGUGCUGCCUUGUGUGCUAUCGCUGCUUCAGUGGUACUGGCUAUACUCCUGGCAUAUUUCAUUGCAAUGCACCUCCUUGGUCUGAACUGGCAGCUUCAACCGGCUGAAGGACAGAUGUUUAAAAAUGGAGUCAGAACAGGAGGCCCGAGUGAUGUAACAAUAGCACCAUCUGGUGGCAGAGGAACAACUACAGUGAAAAACAGCAGCAUUGAUUUGGGAGACGUUGAUAUUGGUCGAAGAGUGUCACAGGAAGUACCUCCAGGAGUCUUCUGGAGAUCACAGUUAUACAUAGAGCGGCCACAAUUUGUCAAGUUUAAUGUCUCUCUGGGAAAGGAUGCACUUUUUGGCUUAUACAUACGGAAAGGUCUUCGUCCUUCACACACUCAGUAUGAUUUCAUGGAGCGUCUUGAUGGCAAGGAGAAGUGGAGCAUGAUGGAGUCACCACGUGAACGGAGAAGCAUCCAGACUUUAGUCAUCAAUGAAGCUGCAUUUGUUCAGUACCUAGAUUCAGGAACAUGGCAUCUUGCUUUCUACAAUGAUGGGAAAGAAAAGGAACUGAUCUCUUUCAAUACUGCUGUCCUAGAUUCUGUGCAGGAGUGUCCUCACAAUUGCCAUGGCAAUGGAGAGUGUGUGUCGGGCGUUUGUCACUGCUUCCCAGGAUUCCAUGGGGCUGACUGUGCAAAAGCUGCUUGCCCUGUACUGUGCAGUGGUAACGGUCAAUACUCCAAGGGGAACUGCAUCUGCUACAGCGGCUGGAAGGGAGCGGAGUGUGAUGUCCCUGCCAGUCAGUGCAUUGACCCUGCAUGCGGAGGCCGUGGGACCUGCACCGCGGGAACCUGUGUCUGCUCUGCAGGCUUCAAAGGCGAGAACUGUGAGGAAGUGGACUGUUUGGAUCCAACAUGCUCAAAUCAUGGAGUGUGUGCCCAAGGGGACUGUCACUGUAGUCCAGGUUGGGGUGGAUUAAAUUGUGAAAUCCCUAGAGCUCAGUGCCCAGAUCAGUGUACAGGACAUGGCACCUACAUUCCAGAAACAGGCCUCUGUAGCUGUGACCCAAGCUGGAUAGGCCCAGACUGCUCAGUUGAAGUGUGCUCUGUGGACUGUGGUACCCAUGGUGUCUGCAUUUCUGGUGUAUGCCGAUGUGAGGAUGGCUGGACAGGUAUGGCGUGUGAUCAGAGAGUUUGUCAUCCUCGCUGUGCAGAGCAUGGGACCUGCAAAGAUGGAAAGUGUGAAUGCCGAGAGGGCUGGAAUGGAGAGCACUGCACCAUUGGUAGGGAACAAGAUGGCUGCCCUGAUCUGUGCAAUGGCAAUGGGAGAUGCACCCUCAGCCAGAACAGUUGGCAUUGUGUCUGCCAGACAGGCUGGCGAGGACCAGGAUGUAAUGUUGCAAUGGAGACAUCUUGUACGGAUGGCAAAGACAAUGAAGGAGAUGGACUGAUCGAUUGCAUGGAUCCAGACUGCUGCCUUCAGUCCAACUGUCAGUCUAACCCACUUUGUCAUGGUUCACAUGACCCUCUUGACAUCAUUCAGCAGAACCAAUGGGAACUCUCGACUCAAGUUGUGAGGUCAUUUUACGAUCGCAUUAAGCUCCUAGUGGGCAAAGAUAGAACUCAUAUAAUACCAGGGGAAAAUCCUUUCAAUGGCAGCUUAGCUUCACUAAUCAGAGGACAAGUCUUUACAAAGGAUGGAACACCAUUGGUUGGAGUUAACGUAUCGUUUGUCAAAUAUCCUCAGUAUGGGUACACGAUUACUCGUCAGGAUGGCACGUUUGAUUUGAUUGCAAAUGGUGGUGCAUCACUUACAUUGCACUUUGAGCGUGCUCCAUUCCUAAGCCAAGAGCGCACGGUCUGGCUUCCAUGGAACACAUUCUAUGCUAUGAAUACUCUUGUGAUGAAGACUGAAGAAAACACUAUUCCAAGCUGUGAUCUGAGUGGGUUUGUGCGACCUGAACCAAUUCUUGUCUCUUCACCACUUUCAACUUUCUUUAGUUCUUCUCCUGAGCAGAACCCCAUUAUUCCUGAGACCCAAGUUCUACAUGAAGCAGUUGAAAUCCCGGGCUCCAAUUUGAAGUUGUGCUACCUGAGCUCUCGUACCGCUGGCUACAAAUCCCUUUUGAAAGUCACAAUGACUCAAUCCAUUGUGCCAAUCAAUUUAAUUAAAGUUCAUCUGAUGGUCGCUGUGGAAGGACAUCUCUUCCAGAAAUGGUUCCAUGCAUCUCCUAACCUGGCCUACACCUACAUAUGGGACAAAACUGACGCCUAUAGCCAAAAGGUCUAUGGUCUCUCAGAAGCUGUCGUUUCUGUCGGUUACGAAUAUGAAUCUUGUCCAAAUCUUAUCCUAUGGGAGAAAAGAACUGCCCUGCUGCAGGGCUAUGAACUGGAUCCAUCAAACCUGGGGGGCUGGUCACUGGAUAAGCAUCAUGCAUUGAAUGUAAAAAGUGGUGUCUUGCACAAAGGAAAUGGUGAAAACCAGUUUUUAUCCCAGCAGCCAGCAGUGAUUAACAGCAUCAUGGGAAAUGGACGCAGGCGCAGCAUCUCUUGCCCCAGUUGCAAUGGUCUCGCUGAUGGAAACAAAUUGUUGGCCCCUGUGGCUUUGGCUGUUGGUAUCGAUGGCAGUCUGUACAUUGGAGACUUCAACUUUAUCAGACGUGUUUUUCCUGCCAAAAAUGUCACCAGUAUCCUAGAGCUGAGAAAUAAAGAUUUUAGACAUAGCAACAACCCCGCCCAUAAAUACUUCAUGGCGGUUGAUCCUGUCACAGGGGCACUGUAUGUCUCGGAUACAAAUAGUCGUCAGAUCAUCCGUAUCAAGAGUCUCAAUGGAGCAAGGGAUCUUGCUGCCAAUUCAGACGUGGUAGCAGGGACUGGAGAGCAGUGUCUGCCAUUUGAUGAAGCCAGAUGUGGUGAUGGGGGAAAGGCAGUUGAAGCUACACUGAUGAGCCCCAGAGGGAUAGCAGUGGAUAAGAAUGGACUGAUGUAUUUCGUCGAUGCAACCAUGAUUAGGAAAGUUGACCAAAAUGGAAUUAUUUCCACGUUGCUUGGUUCCAAUGACUUAACAGCAAUUCGUCCUCUGAGCUGUGAUUCUAGCAUGGAUGUAAGCCAGGUACGAUUAGAAUGGCCAACGGAUCUUGCCAUCAAUCCAAUGGAUAAUUCUCUUUAUGUCCUGGAGAAUAAUGUCAUUCUGCGGAUAACUGAGAACCACCAGGUCAGCAUAAUUGCUGGCCGACCCAUGCAUUGUCAAGUCCCUGGCAUUGAUUACUCACUCAGCAAGCUGGCCAUACACUCUGCACUGGAGUCUGCCAGUGCCAUUGCUGUCUCCCAUACAGGCAUACUUUACAUUGCAGAAACCGAUGAGAAGAAGAUAAACCGUGUAAGGCAGGUGACAACCAAUGGGGAAAUCUCCCUGCUGGCAGGGAUGGCAUCAGACUGCGACUGUAAGAAUGAUGUUAACUGUGACUGCUUCUCAGGGGAUGAUGGUUAUGCCACAGAUGCCAAGCUGAAUUCUCCGUCUUCACUUGCAGUAUCACCAGACGGGACCAUUUUCAUUGCUGACCUGGGGAACAUUCGCAUCAGGGCAGUUAAUCAAAACAAGCCCCAAAUGAACUCAAUGAGCUUAUAUGAAGUUGCUUCAGCAGCUGAGCAGGAGUUAUAUGUUUUCAAUUCAAAUGGGUUACACCAGUAUACAAUGAGCUUGGUCACCGGUGACUACAUAUACAAUUUCUCCUACAGCCCAGACAAUGACAUUAUGGAAGUGACUGACAACAAUGGAAACACUUUAAGGAUCCGAAGGGAUAGCAAUGGAAUGCCACGGCAUCUGGUGUCAGACAGCCAGGCAUCUUCCCUGACCAUUGAUGCUAAUGGAAAACUAAAGACAGUAUUAAUAAAGAACCAGGAGCUAGUUGUGCUGACGUACAAUGGGAAUAGCGGCCUCCUUGCAACUAAAACUGAUGACAUUGGUUGGACAACCUUUUUUGAUUAUGACAGUGUAGGAAGACUGACCAAUUUGACACGUCCCACUGGUGUAGUGACAAGUUUGCAUCGGGAAAUGGAGAAGUCAAUCAAUAUUGACAUUGAAACUUCUAACCGAGAAGAUGAUGUUACUGUCACCACUAACCUUUCUUCAGUAGAUGCAUCUUAUACCCUAGUUCAAGAUCAAGUGAGAAACAGUUAUCAGCUUUGCAACAAUGGCACACUUCGAGUAAUGUAUGCAAAUGGAAUGGGUGUCAGCUUUUACAGUGAACCUCAUAUCCUUGCUGGGACUAUAAGUCCAACAGUUGGACGUCGCAAUAUCACUCUACCGGUGGAAAAUUGGUUGAACUCCAUUGAAUGGCGUCUCAGGAAGGAGCAGACCAAGGGAAAAGUGAUCAUGUUUGGAAGGAAACUUAGGUUGCAUGGACGAAACUUGCUUUCCAUUGAUUUUGAUCGCAAUUCCCGGACAGAGAAGAUUUAUGAUGAUCAUCGAAAAUUCACAUUGAGGAUUAUUUAUGAUGCAUUGGGUCGCCCCACAAUCUGGCUCCCAAGCAGUGGUCUAGCUGCAGUUAAUGUCUCUUAUUCGUCUACUGGGAAAGUAAUUGGAAUUCAACGUGGUGCAAUGAGCGAGAAAACUGAUUACGAUGAAAAAGGCAGGAUCAUAUCCCGCAUUUUCUCUGAUGGAAAAGUCUGGAGCUACGCUUACCUUGAUAAAUCUAUGGUGUUACUUCUCCAGAGUCAACGGCAAUAUAUCUUUGAAUUUGACCAAACAGGUCAUCUCCAUGCGGUCACAAUGCCCAGUGUAGCCAGGCAUACCAUGUCAACUCAUAAUUCUAUUGGUUACAUCCGCAAUAUCUAUCAUCCCCCUGAAAGCAAUGCAUCGAUGAUAUUCGAUUUCACAACAGAAGGUCGAAUCCUGAAAUAUGCGUACUUAGGCACUGGGCGCCAGGUGUUCUAUAAAUACGGAAAGUUGUCCAAGCUCUCUGAGGUUCUUUAUGACAGCACUGCUGUCACCUUUGGUUAUGAUGAGUCAACAGGUGUGCUUAAAAUGGUCAACUUGCAAAGUGGUGGGUUCUCCUGCACAAUCCGAUACAGGAAAAUUGGUCCUCUGAUAGACAGGCAAAUCUAUAGAUUCUCUGAGGAAGGCAUGGUAAAUGCACGGUUUGAUUAUACCUACCACGACAACAGCUUUCGAGUUGCCAGCAUGAAGCCCAUUAUCAGUGAAACACCACUCCCUGUUGACCUAUACCGAUAUGAUGAGAUAUCAGGAAAAGUUGAGCAUUUUGGGAAGUUUGGAGUCAUAUAUUAUGAUAUAAAUCAGAUCAUCACUACAGCUGUGAUGACCUUGAGUAAGCACUUUGAUACUCAUGGACGCAUCAAAGAAGUUCAGUACGAGAUAUUCAGGUCGCUCAUGUACUGGAUGACAGUUCAGUAUGACAGCAUGGGGAGAGUCAUUAAGAGAGAGAUUAAGCUUGGUCCUUAUGCAAAUACUACCAAAUAUACAUAUGACUAUGAUGGAGAUGGGCAGUUGCAGACUGUUGCUGUGAAUGACAAGACAAUCUGGCGCUACAGUUAUGAUUUAAAUGGAAACCUGCACCUGUUGACCGCUGGGAGUAGCAUUCGCCUCAUGCCAUUACGUUAUGAUUUAAGAGACCGCGUUACCCGGCUUGGAGAUGUCCAGUACAAGUUCGAUGAGGAUGGUCUUCUUUCUCAGCGAGGUUCUGAUGUAUUUGAAUACAACUCUAAGUGUCUGCUUACUCGGGUUUACAGCAAAACGAAUGGUUGGAGUGUACAGUACCGCUAUGAUGGUUUGGGACGUCGAGUCUCCAGCAAAACUAACUUUGGGCAGCAUCUGCAGUUCUUCUAUUCAGAUCUUAACAACCCAACCAGGGUAACCCAUGUUUAUAAUCAUUCCAGUUCAGACAUCACUUCCCUAUAUUAUGACCUCCAGGGUCAUCUCUUUGCCAUGGAGAUCAGUAGUGGAGAAGAAUUCUAUAUUGCUUCAGAUAACACUGGAACACCUUUGGCAGUCUUCAGCAGUAGAGGCCUAAUGAUCAAGCAACUUCAAUAUACUGCCUAUGGUGAAAUUUACCAUGAUUCUAAUCCAGACUUCCAACUAAUAGUGGGAUUCCAUGGUGGCUUGUAUGACUCUCUGACAAAGUUGGUACAUUUUGGCCAGAGAGAUUAUGAUGUCUUGGCUGGACGUUGGACAGCUCCAGAUUAUUCCAUUUGGAAUGAUAUUGGCAAAGAUCCUGCACCCUUUAACUUAUACAUGUUCAAAAAUAACAAUCCUCUCAGCAAUGUGCAUGAUGUUGAAGAUUACGUUACAGAUGUAAAAAGCUGGCUUGUGAUGUUCGGAUUUCAGUUGUACAACAUUAUUCCUGGAUUCCCGAAACCAGCAGUUCGUUUUGCUGCACCACCUUAUGAACUAGUGGAGAGUCAAGAGCGUGACAAUGUACAGUUUAUUUCAGGGGUUCAACAAGCAGCAGAAAGACUCAAUAAUGCCUUUAUGGCACUGGAAGGAUGCUCACUCCCCAAAUUCUCCAGGGCAGGUCACAAGGACAGGUCAGGACACUGGUUUUCAGCCACUAAUUCCAUCAUUGGAAAGGGAAUAAUGUUUGCUGUCAAGGAAGGCAGAAUAACAACAGGUGUAACUUCCCUUGCAAGUGAAGAUAAUCGGAAAAUAGCAUCUAUUCUUAACAAUGCCUACUACUUGGACAAAAUGCAUUACACUAUUAAUGGAAGAGAUUCACACUAUUUAGUGAAAAUUGGUUCAUCAGAUGGAGACCUGGCAACUUUGGGCAUGACAAGUGGUCGAAAAGUCCUAGAGAAUGGAAUUAACAUCACAGUUUCGCAGCCAACAAUUCUACUUAAUGGAAGGACUCGAAGGUUCACAAAUAUUGAACUACAGUACAGUGCCCUGUUGCUAAAUAUUCGCUAUGGAAUUACACCAGACACAUUGGAAGAGGAAAGAGCAAGGCUGUUGGACCAGGCCAGGCUAAGAGCUCUGGUGAAUGCCUGGACUAAAGAACAGCAGAAGGCAAGGGAUGGCAAGGAAGGAAACCGGCUGUGGACUGAAGGCGAGAAACAACAAUUGCUGAACUCUGGAAGAGUUCAAGGAUACGAUGGGUACUAUGUGUUGCCUGUGGAACAGUACCCAGAGCUGGCUGAUAGCCCCACCAAUAUUCAGUUCCUGAGACAGAAUGAGAUGGGAAAGAGGUAACAAACCGAACUGCUGUCAUCUCUGGCAAGAGCUGGAAGGGUGAUCACAAUCACUAUCUCCUCUCCUAAGGAGAUGGAUACUCUAAAGGGGACUGAAAGUAAGUGACUUUGGGAACUGAAGAAAAGAUUCAAAUUCAUAUUAAAUGAGUUUUCAUCUUGUUCUUCAGCAUGUGAGGACUCUCUGGAGUGGACUGGGACCCAAAGAGAAAACUAUUUACUUGACAAGUACCCCUUUUUAUAGGAUAGCUCAGGUCCUCUGGGCUUAUAUUGAAAAAAAGACAAAUCUCUCUUCUUGACUCAGUAAACUUACUGCCUCAUGGGUGUCUCGGUUAAAAGACUUGAGUCCAAAAUGCCCAUCUUGAAUGAAACAGGAACUUCAUAAAUUGCAACCUUUUGUAAUAUAUGGCCUGAAGGAAAGCUUGUUUGAAUAUACCAGAAAUGUACUGAUCUGUCAAAGCCUGGGCCAGACUUCUUACACUGAUGUAUUGUUUUGUUUAUUGCCAUAGCAACUGUAGUGGACACAGUAAGCCUUGGAGGUUAUAGUUAC